UUCUGUGCUUUACACAGUAUGGCCGGCGAUAUUAGCUAGCACUCGCUAACGGUAUUCUCUGUAAAAGGGAAGACGGUAACUCAAGAAAAUCAACACCUGGAUUGUUUAAAGGACUGUACCUCAAUUAAUUAUAUUUGAUCGAGGACGGACUAAUUAAGCUGUAAACGUUACAAACGACGUUUAAUAUAAUUGUUGGGUGUCUGUUGUCUCAUGAUGGAAGAAAACGGUGCACAUUUCUUCGAGGGGACCGAGAAGCUGUUGGAGGUGUGGUUCUCUCGGCAGGAUGAGACCAAAGGAACCGGGGACCUCCGUACCAUCCCAAGGUUUGAGUGGGACAAACUUUUGGAGAAUGUGCAUUGUUUGAUCAUAAGUGUGACAAAGACUGACAAGCAGGAAGCUUAUAUACUCAGUGAGAGUAGCAUGUUUGUCUCCAAGAGACGUUUCAUUUUGAAGACGUGCGGAACCACCCUCUUGCUGCAAGCACUGGUCCCUCUGCUGGAACUGGCCAGGGAGUACUGCGGCUUUGACGCCAUCGAGAAUUUCUUCUACUCCCGCAAAAACUUCAUGAAGCCAACCCAUCAGGAGUUCCCUCAUCGAAACUUCCAGGAGGAAGUGGACUUUCUCAGCCAGAUUUUCCCUAAUGGUGCCGCCUACUGUAUGGGGCGUUUGAACUCUGACUGCUGGUACCUGUUUACCCUGGACUUACCAGAGUUCUGGGAAAACAAGCAUGCAGAUCAGACACUGGAAGUUCUGAUGAGCGACCUUGAUCCAGCCAUUAUGGACCAGUUCUAUAUGAAAGAUGGUGUUUCUGCAAGUGAUGUCACUCGUAUGAGUGGAAUUCGUGACCUGAUACCAGGUUCUGUGAUCGACGCCACAAUGUUCAACCCUUGUGGAUACUCAAUGAAUGGAAUGAAGACUGACGGAACUUACUGGACCAUCCACAUCACACCUGAGCCAGAGUUCUCCUACGUCAGCUUCGAAACCAACCUCUCUGCGACGUCCUAUGAUGAUUUAAUUAGGAAGGUGGUGGAUAUUUUCAAGCCAGGAAAAUUUGUGACAACCCUUUUUGUCAAUCAGAGCUCCAAAUGUCGCAGUGUCUUUUCUUCUGCCCAGAAACUUGAUGGCUACAAGCGUCUCGACCGCCAGUUGGCUCAGUUCAACGAUUACAAUUUCGUCUUCACCAGUUACUCCAAGAACCGUCAGCAGAACCAGCAGAGCUGAGGGUUGAGGAUGAAGAAGAGGCGUAAAAAGAAAGGCGGCCGCAGCCAGCCUUAUCCCCCAGUAGAGAGCUUGUCAUCCUCCCCCUCUUCCUCCCUCCUCCUCUGCUGCUGUCAUCAGUCAGAAUCAUCUGGUACUGACGCAGUCGGGAGCCCUAGUUUAACCUCCAGUUUGAAUUGUUUGCAAUGUUGUACCUGUGACCUAGAUCUCUUGCAUGAAAGCUCUUCUCUCCGUUUCGAUAUUCUAGCUCACUCUUGCUGUGAUCUUGAAGUGCAUGUAGAGGAAUUAAACACGCUCUGUUUGAGGCUGUCCACCUGUGCCCAGUACAACGGCCCCUUCCUGCAGGUCUCCCCCCUCAUCCCCAACAGACAAGGCUUCCGCCCUCACUAGGCAGGGCCCUGACAUGCUCAGAUCAGUCUUCCUCUUUAUGAGCUCAACUCGCCCUGACUUCCUGGCGUGACAAUUGGUAUUAAUGAAUCACUAUUGAUGAUAGAGUGCACUUUAAAAAACAGUUUAUUCAUGGUACUAAAAUGGGGCCAACCUUAUGUCUCAAGUCUUAUUGAAUGUAUAAGUCAUGGUAAGCUUUUGGCCCUUCUUAUCGUUGUCGAGUUUCAUAUUUGAGUUUCGUUGAAAACGAAUGCCAUACUUGCUGUUUGUUGGGCAGUUUGGUCUUUGGUUGCUGUAAACUGCUCUCGAGCAGAUUUCUGCUUUGCUGGGCCUUGAAGCAGUGUUCACAUUGGUUUCCCAGCACCUGCAUGCAUUCAAUCAUUUGUGCCCCUCCACCCGUACAAUCGUAGUCCUUGUGUUUACACAAUUAGACAAGCUUUUAAAGAUAUAUACCUGGAUAAUGUGUAUUUAUAUAUGACCCAUUUAAGACAUGAAAUAUGUGCACCUUUUUGCAUCCAGGCUUCUUUGUUUUACAGUGUGCUGUAUCUAUAAGAAGCUUCUGGGUAUUUACACCCCCACCCCUUCAAUUUAUUGCACUCUAAAUUUACACAUUGACACGAAUUGGUUAAAUUGUUCAAACUGAAUGUAGUACAGUCCAUGUUAAGUUGGCCUGUCCACCCGUCUUUUCGAAUGUACACGUCUCUAGAGAAAAGACUGGACCAGUCUGAAUGUACGACUCCAGGAGAGCACACCCGCACCCUCCCUCCCCUUCCCUCCCCCCUUCCCUCCCCUUCCCUCCCCCCACCACACACACACACACACACACACCGCUCACAAUGCCCUCUGCUGACCAGCCAUUGUCCAGCCCGCAGCAUGUCUCCCCCCUGCCAGAGUCAGACCGGCAGCUGGCCCCAGCACGGUGAUAUAACAAGGGUCUGUGCUCCUGGCUAUGCCCACGCCCCUGUGAAUGGGAAAUAAUGAAUUGGACACUUUUUGCUUAGUUGCCCAGCAAAGCAUUUUUCUUUUCCCCACAUAAUAUCCAUCCUCUCUCUGUCUCUUUCCGCCCCAUAAAGAAAUCUGUAAAUGCACAAUAGAGGCCCGCCAGUCUGAGCAUGCCAGGGUGAUCCCAGAUCAUUCCGCAUAUAACUGCUGCAUAAACUGCCAUUUUAUUAAAUUUAUUGUGUCCAGACAUUUUCUGCAGUGAAUUGGUUGAGUAGCAGUUUUUUCUUUUUGUUUGGAUCAGUGCUUUUUGUUCAUUGAGGGGGAAAAUCCUGUGACACUAUGGUGCAUGUGACUACUAGUGCCGUGCUUGCUUGACAGUGUAGUGUAGCGCCACCUUUUCCUCCUUUUCUGUCGGUAUGUCUGUGUGCUUCACCUUCCUCUUGUUUAACCAGCUGAAAUCGCAGCUAGAACAGCUGUGUCCUGAUGUGUUUUGGAUAGGUGCGGUCGGGUUAAAUUGUAAUUGAUCUUAUUUCAAGUUGUGGACAAGUUUUAAAAGCAGGUUAGGCUUCAUUUGCUAUUACUUAAUGUCAAACGUCCAAGGUUUGUCUCCUCCGCCUGCCAUUCAGCUGCGUGGUGGUUCCCGAAGCUUCUGCCAGAGAAUACAGUUUGGAUUUUGAACUGCGGAAGACAUGGUGUGGGCCUAACCUGCUUUCAGCCCUGCAGGGCAGUAUGUUCUCUCUGUAGAAUUGCCAACUACAGUGUGAUGAUGAGUUGAGGUUGGAACAGUUCAUGUAAUAACUGGCACUUGGAAUAGUUUACCUCUAGUUUGUCUGUCAUGGCUUUUUGGAGUGGUUUCAUUCUUUUCCUUUGGACCAAUCUCUGCUCUUACAUGAACUACUCCUCUCGCUGUCAAAUAACCUGAAUGAUCUGAUAGCACUGUUCCAAAAUAUGGACUCAGUUCAAUGUUAUCUACAUUUUACGAUGUUUUAUGUGGAUCACUGCAACUUUGUUUUCCUUCUUUUUAUACUGUGAACUCAAAAGGCGUUUUUGCAGUUGAACAGUGACAAUUUUAUACAAAAAUAUUCCUUAUUUUUGUCACGGACCAAUCCUUUUUUUUUUUCUGCCCCUUUUUGUCCUCAUGUUAUAAAAGCAAUGUUCAAAAAUAGUUUGUUAUAAAGUUGAGGGAUGAUCCUUUUCAUAGCUGACUAAAUCAUUUUUUAAUUAAUAUUCUUUCACUUCCUUUCUUUAGCAAAUUUUUUUUUAAAAUUGCAGAGAAAGGGAACAUAAAAGCUCCUCCCCCCCUGCCUGGUGAGAGAGGGCACAGUUGCAGGAUGUAUAAGGAUGUACUGAAGGAGAAACUUUGCUGUUUUAAUUCUUUCUUUUGCUGUUCUUUGGAUGGUCAAGAUGUGCUAAAUAUAUCUGUGCUACGAGCUUGAUGCUUAAAUAAAAAUACUUAUCCGUGCUAA